ACUUGCGACACGACGCGGAGCGCGCAAUACAGAGCGACCACCUACCCCACAAUCUAAAUCAAACCUCCUUGAACGCAAUGACGAGCACGAUUGGUAUACCGAUCAAGCUCCUCAACGAGGCGGCCGGUCACAUUGUCACGCUCGAGAUUACCUCCGGCGAGGUGUACCGCGGGAAGCUGAUAGAAGCCGAGGACAACAUGAACGUCCAACUCAAGGACAUCACCGUCACCGCCCGGGACGGUCGCGUGUCGCAUCUCGAACAAGUCUACAUCCGCGGCUCCCACGUCCGCUACUUCAUCGUCCCCGACAUGUUGAGGAAUGCGCCCAUGUUCCGGUCUCGAGGUACCCGAGGAAGAGGUGUGGGUCUUGCGCGUGGUCGUGCCACAGUCAACAGGGCCCGGGGAGCGAGGGGCGGGCGAUGAGCAGGUGCAUAAGAGAGAGGGGAUACUACAAACAGAAGGCGGCCUGUACGCAGCGUCACGUCCGAGGGCAGCGAAUGCGCGGUUGCGGGGGCUAGGCGCGUCCAGCAGGAAUCUUUGAGGGAUUGAGAUUGGCGCGGCGCGAAAAGGUACGAGAUACCAGGAUAGGAUGCCCUCAACUUUGUGAGCUUUCGGACUGAGACCAAAAUUCAGAAAUUUCAGC